UGUGUGUGUGUCAGCGAUCAGUGACAGUGUGAGGUUCACAGACCCCUCUCGUGGUGCAGUUUGUCUGAUUUACCCAAUCCAGGGGCAGAUUUCUACAGACCCACAAGCCAGAGUUUGCGCGCCCCCACACCCAGCCCAGGGCCCCCUGUGCUGGAUUCAACAUGUAUGCCACUGGCCUGGCCCCCUUCUAUGCAGCUUCUCACUUCAAUUUGUGGUCUGCCUAUUGCCCCGGAGCUGCUGGAUCAGGGGCUACCGGCUUUCCUCCUCUGGACCCCGGGAAGAAGCCUUCUUUCUGCAUUGCCGACAUCCUGCAUGUUGGGGACCCCGACAGCCCACCAGGCUCCUCUGGUCUGACUGCAGCUCACAUGGGGGUGAGUGUACACCCAGCCCAAUACCAGCCAUCGGGGUCCCCCCUGAGACCCACCCCUGUCACCCCAGAAUCUGGAUUCCACCACAGAUUGUCUCCAAUGUCUCCUUAUCAACCCCACCGAGCUGCGGGGAUCUGUAACAACCCCAGCGUCAACUCCAACAGAAUCCACGGAGCUUCCCAACCUGCACCUUCCAGCAAGGACCUCAAAUUUGGGAUUGAUCGGAUCCUCUCUACGGAGUUUGACCCCAAAGUGAAAGAAGGGAACACAUUGAGAGAUCUGACCUCACUAAUCAGUACAGGCCGCCAGGCAGGGGCCCACGGCCAGCACAUGCAGUCUGCAGCCGGACACUUCUUCGCCUCCUUAGAGCAAAUUAACGACACGUCCUCACUGCUGGGGCAGAUUAGCAAUUCCCAGAGGAGCUCAGUGCAGCAGCAGUUUCAGGACACCUUUCCAGGCCCCUAUGCCGUGCUGACCAAGGACACCAUGCCGCAGACAUACAAGCGGAAGCGCUCCUGGUCCCGCGCAGUGUUCUCCAACCUGCAGAGGAAGGGGCUGGAGAAGAGGUUCGAGGUCCAGAAAUACGUCACCAAACCGGACAGGAAGCAGCUGGCGGCCAUGCUGGGGCUCACUGAUGCCCAGGUGAAGGUCUGGUUUCAGAACCGACGUAUGAAGUGGAGACAUUCCAAGGAGGCCCAGGCUCAGAAAGAUAAAGAAAAAGAAGAGGCAGAGAAAUCAGAGACCCCGUGCCCAGGGGAGGUGGACUUAGACAGGAGCAACAGUCCUUACAGAUCCGAGGGGGACAGUGACAGCAGUGACUGUGAGUCCUUAGACCUGAUGGCCAGUGACUCUGAAAGGACUAAUGCCACCUCUGAGCCACAGCAAACCAGCGUCAUCAAAGCCUCCCCGGCCACAGAUCUGCCCACACAGCCACCAGGACCCUGCCCAGAGGCACCUACUCCACAGAGCCCCCCAAUGCUUUAAACCUGAGGACUCUGGACUGUGACAGAUCGUGCCUUUUAGUAUUUAUAGGAGACACUCGUUUUGAAUGCACUGUGAAGAUUUAGGUGUCCAGGCACGUUGGGUUGGAUCCCGGCACCUUUGGUGAGAGUACUAAGUGUCCGGAGUUUAGGAGGACACGGUAACGAAGCGACGAGAAAAAAACCUUGUUAAAUGAGGACCCCAACGUUCUUCUGAUAUAGAACUUUGAAGAUUGAGAAAUGUUUUCCCAUUAACCAUUUCAGCACUGCACCCUACUGGCACUCAUGCAGUUAAUACCUUACCCCACAGCACCAAGAAAAUAAUGAAUCUUGAAUCUGCUGACCCCCUUUUUUGAGGGUCAGCGGGAUUAACCCUUAAAAAUGCUUUGUACCCGUCUGGCACGCAAAAAGGUUAAAGUCCUUGGUGUGAGUGCAGAAAGUACAGUUAUUGUCCUUCUUUUCACUCCAUUGUCAUGCUGGCUGGCACUGCGGGGGGCUUUUUCAAUCUGGAUUGUGAGCUGCGAAUAAGCCCCAUGUACCCCUGUAGAUGUCAGAACUGGUGCAUUUUGUGCACGAUUCAAUAUAUUUAAAAUAAUUUAUUGUUGGAGUAACAAACUAGAUAGGGGUCGAUUUGUCAAAUUAGCAACCACAAAUGCUAUCAUUAUUUAUACGUACAACAGAGCUGACACUUUGCGUGAAUUGAUCUGUACCUUUAAUGAGCAGAAUAGAGUUUAACUCUUUUGUGCCUAAGGGCUAUCGGAAGCUUUCUUGACUUUUGGUAGAAAGAGUUAAAUGAUCUGACCUAAACCCAUGAAAACAGUAUUAUAUAUAAA